CGAUUUUUCCGGGUAUGAGUUGCCUCCCUGUACCGUCAAUCGACGUCACCCGAAGCCAAAAAACCAAAGGCCUCGGUAGUCUCGUCAAGAAAGCAAAUCUUCAGUUAUGCCGUUUUAGAGAUGAUAAAGAUAGGAUAGUCCAUAUUUGCAAACUGCAUUAUUAUUUCUACAAGACUUAGAGAUGUAUGCUGCUAGAGUUUGCAAGGAUUGUGGGGCGGACUGCGUCUUCUUCUGCGAGACAUGUGGGAAGGACCUGUGUUCUGUCCAUAAGGGCGUACACAUGGUAGACCUGGACAAUGCCAAUCACUUUGUUAUCCUCUACAGGGAAAGGAAUGGAUACUUUAUCAAGGACGAAUAUUGUGAGAAACACCCAGAGUUGGCGUGCAAGUUGUGGUGCGACACUUGUGAUGAGCCCUUUUGCGAUGAGUGUUGGAAGGAAAAGAAAAAAGAUCAUGAGAUGCAUGCUAUGAUGGAAGUAUUUGAAGCUUAUAAGAAAUAUAAAGAGGAGUUCAAGCCAAAGAUUGCACAGCUCCGAUCAGAGGUGUUGCCGUACAACCGGGCCAUAUUGGCUGGAAUUGAGCCAGAUAUUCCUGAAUGCGAGGCGCAAAUUGCAGAAUUGAAAGAGAAAAUGAGAGAUAAGGCAGAGAGGCUGAAGAAGUAUAUUGAUAAAUGUGUAAAGAAGAAAUGUCCUAAGCGACUCAAGAGACUGGAAAAUAAGAUUAUUGGUCAACUAAACCAGCAAUGCAUAGAUUUGCAAGAGCACAUUGAUUACCUGAGAGAGCUGGUCUACAGAUAUGAGCAUUCUGCCAAUAAACCUGCAGAAUUCUUGCUUUUUCUGAAGGACCACCCCCUAGACAAAGUACCCGACAUUCCCGAGAGCUGUAAAGAGCUUCCAGAGAUGACCUUCAACACAGAAGUAACGAAAGAAGACGUACUCAAAUUACUCGGGGAAAUCACAGUUGAGGAGACUGGAAUCCGAAAGCCAGAAUACAGAUUCACGCUGGAACGUUUGAGGGUGGUUAAACAUUUGAAGACGGUUCCUGUCACUGGUGUAAAAUCUGCAUGCCAUAUGUCCUGUAAAUCAGCCACAGAGUUUUGGAUCAGUGAUAAAGUAAAUCUUGUACUGAUUGACCAGACAGGAAAAAAGCUGUCUGAUGUUAAAGAUAAGCUUGAUAAAGAAUGUGGGGUCCAUGCCGUCACCAAGGAUGGAGAUCUCAUCUACAUUGACAAGAAAUCCAAUAUUAGAAAAUUGUUGAAAGACAAGAAAGAUAAGCCAUCAACUCUGAUCAAUAGUAAGGAAAGUUGGGAGACCCUGAGUGUCUUCUGCUCUUUUGAAAGCGACGACAUUUUGGUUGGAAUGAUAAUCCAUAACAUUAACCGGGCUAUGGUGGUCCGUUACAGCAGCGACGGAAAGGAGAAGCACUUCAUCGAGUGCGAACACUAUACCACCCCUCUGUUUGUCACUGAAAACCAUAAUCAGGAUGUGGUGGUCUCCAAUCACGAUCGGAACAGCAGCUCGGUAGUGGUAACCAAUGGUGGAGGAGAGUACCGCUUUUCUUUCAAUGGCCCUCCAAAAGAACCAGGAUUCAAACCAAGAAGUAUAUGCGUGGAUGGAUUGUCUAACAUCCUGGUAUAUGAUGAUAACUCCAAGUCCAUAGUGAUGAUUGAUGUAGAUGGCCAUUACUUGGAAAUUUUCCAGGUGCAGCAAAAUUUGAUCCAGUCACCUAGAUGUGUCAGUUACAGCAUUGACAACCACACAGUCUUUGUUUAUUCAUCCUCCAACAGCCACGUGGUUGUUAGUCGCCACAUUAACAGACAGGAGUACCUGGGAAAGCCCACAAUAGAUCCCGAUGCUGAUAAAAAGAAAAAGAAGAAGAAAAAGAAGAAGAAGAAAGAGGAAACUAAAGAAAAGAAAAAGGAAGAUGCUUAACAGAAGGAGAGGUUAAAGGUGAAAGGUCAAACAGCUUCACUAGAUUAAGAAGGAUCGGGGUUUGGACUUAAUUAUGAAUAUAUGGAGA